AUGGCAUCAGUCGGCCGGCGAGUUGGUCAAUGCUUGGUCUUGCAAAAAACUCAAAGGUUGGGUAUCGAAUUGCCAAAGUCCAAAAGUCGUGACAGAAGUGCAAAAGUCGAUAAAGUCGUGAUGGAAUUUUCAUCCACUCAUGGAAAAAACCAUCAACCACACGGCCCAUCAGAAGGCGGCGGAGGCGAAAGAACAGCGGAGGCUAUAGCAGCAGCAGCAGAAAACAGGACGGCGAUGGAGGCUGAGAACAGCGGCUUCGCGGCCGAUAAGCGGCGGCUGCCUCUGUCGAAGGUCGUUGCCGACUGCGUCGAGCGGUGGUUCGAGGACGCGCUGAAGGAGGCGAGGGCCGGCGACAUCAAUAUGCAGGUGCUCGUGGGCCAGAUGUACUACAGUGGCUAUGGCGUUCCCAAAAACGCCGGCAAGGGGAACCUUUGGUUUACAAGGGCUUCAAGAGUGAGGUCUUCUGUUUGGGGAGUUAUCGGUAAACGUCCUGGUGAGCUCCUCAGCUUUUCCUCUAUGCUCGGUAGAAGAUUUGUUCGAAUCGAGCUGUUCGUGAACAUAGCUUGCUCGAACGAGCACUGUUUGAACAGCUAAUCGAGCUCUUUAUUAAAACGAGCCGAGUCGAGCUUGUACGCGAACAACUCAUGUUUUUGUUUUAAAGAGAACAUACUAGUUGAACAUGUUCGCGAACGAAUAUUUCAGUGUUAGGGAACUACUCGUUUAGAUAUUUAGGUUUUUAAACGUGCUGAGCCGAGUUUUUAUGAACUUAAACGAGCUGAGCCUUUUGUUUGUUUCUUAAAUGAGCAUGAGCUCGAACAUGUGCUACUCGACUCGUCUCAGCUCGGAUGACACCCCCAGUGCUCUGGCAAUUGUGUGUUUUUGUUCUGCAAAUCAUACUUUUUUUUGGGUUUGUAUUAAAAUAAAUACAUUAAAUUUUUUUGUAACCUGUGAUUGUUGUAGGUUACAAUGCGAGUGAUUCGGAUUCGGAUGAGUUAGGCAGCGAGUCUUGAUCGUUUUCUUUGUAUUAUACGUACAAAAGGUGAGCUGGUUUUGGAGAUUUUUGUUUGCUCUUACUUUAAUUUGCUCUGUUUUCAUCACUUCUUGUGCUGAUAUUCUGUCCAAUUAGGUAGUUGCUAAUAUGGUGGCAACUUCAUUUUAUUGACUCAGUUUGCUUCGUCUCUUAAGUUUAAUUUUUCAGUCGCAUGUCGAAAAUGGUCGAUCGAUCGUGCUUAUUUCAUGCUUCUGCUGCAAUUUCAUGGGUUUUAAUAGAUAUUUUGAUUUCAUUAUGUGUUUAAGUGGGUGAUUUUGAAAUUGUAUAUCUUGUUUUCAUUGUCAUUACAAAAUGUACGAGGAAGAUGGUUGUUGUGCUUAAGAAGUGAUUUUGAUUUGACUUUUUCUGUUCAUCUUUUGAUUGAUUUUGUGCUAUUUUGGCUUUGGAAUGUUGUUG